ACCAUACUCACCCCCCCAAAUCUAACAGGAGGGUCCGAGAUAAGAAGCUGACUAAACCCGAGAUGGGUCACUUGGAGAAAUCUGGGGUGAUUCCAUUGAGGCAUUUGCAGGAGUUUCGUUUGCCGUCCGUUGAUGGGUUUGAGCCGAAUCAGAAGCUGGUGUUGGAGGAGUUGUUUAAGGAAGGUGAUUUGGUUGAUGUUUCUGGUACCACCAUUGGCAAAGGGUUUCAAGGCGGUAUAAAGAGGCAUAACUUCAAAAGAGGUCCAAUGACCCACGGGUCAAAGAGUCAUCGGGCUCUUGGUUCAAUCAGAGCAGCAACAACGCCUGGGCGUGUGUACAAAGGGAAGAAAAUGCCUGGUCAAAUGGGAGGAACAAAAACCAAGAUCCGAAAACUUAAGAUUGUCAAAAUCGACACUGAUUUGUUUGUUGUGAUUAAGAAAUAGGUGGUACUUAGUUGGAUUAUCCUUGUUAGUAUGUUAAUGACAUUUUCGGUAGUAUGUACUUGUUGAUGUUUGGCUAAAUAUGAGAAUUUUCUAUGUUAUGGAUUUUUUUGUUUUGUUUUUAACAUGUUACAUUUUUUCCCCCUGAGAUUUAUGUAGACUUUUGCUGUGUUGAAUCUGAGAAUUUUAUAUGUUAUGGAUUUUUUGGUUUUGUU